CUACGAAUUUAUCUCAGUAUAAGUGCAACCGACCAGCAGAUUCACUCGGGAUUUGUCGGCUUUAUUGUCUUCUUGCAGCUGUCAUCACAGAUGGAAGCAAUUUAUGAAAACUGUGUGAAGAUUAAGUCUCGUGCAGGAAUUGAGUAUACUGGACUUCUGCAUAGUAUUGAUACGGAACAUUCAACUGUGACGCUGAAAAGGGUUCACCUAUCCGACUCUCCCACAGAAGGACCAGUCAACAUCCGUUCUAACAGCUUUGACUAUGUCAUAUUUCGGGGUGGUGAUAUAGAGGAUGUUCAACUCUCCUUCAAAGUCAGGCGUACAAUCACUCCCGCUCAUGAUGACGCAAUUGUACGAGUGAAUUCCCGUCCAUUCAUUAUGAACACUGGAUACAACUGCUGGGCGCUCAAUGGUAACCUAAAACAUGAUCCUGCCAUAGUUCGCAUUGAUCAGAAGGCCAAUGCAGACAUUUCUUUUCCGGCUGAGAAAAGCACGGUCGACUCUACCUGGGCAAACGGCGACCGCCAGUCCCAACCGGGAAUGGGUUCAACAGAGUUUCACCGAAAGGGAGUACCACAGAGAAGACGUAGUGCAAGACCGGGGCGUUCACGGAGCAAUUUGGAACACUCAGUUCGAUCACUGAAACUGUGCGCAUCCGACAGACGAUGUCAGAGUGCUGAAGCAGCUCACCAGUCAGUCCGUACUCGGUGCAGUGGAGACACUGUGAACUAUGAUGACAUGCAACGGAUGAAAGAAAGUAUCCCAAGCACAACCGACCAGAUCAGGGUGUAUGAUAAACAGCACUCGUUCUUUGAUCGUCUGAGCAGCGGAAUCGAGGGAAGUCGGCCAGCUUCAAAACGUAUGUCACCCAGUCUGGACACAAACUCAAAAACCAACGAACAUCAGCUGCUCCCAGGCAAGAGUAGCAGACGAAUAUGUUACCACUCGUACCCUCAAGAAGGAAUGGGCUUGCAACCGAACGAUACGUAUAGCAUGCACCACUAUUCGUCGGUUCAUUCACAAACACAUCCUUAUAUUCAUCCGGCUUACCAAUUCCAGUACACUGCGCCCUAUACCUACCGUCAGCAGUUGUCGCUUUUCAAUGAACCCUAUUUUUUCAACUGGCAACAUGUCUAUAAUCCGGUCCGCUACACGAUUGUUUAGUCAAAGUUUUGGAGUGGAACUCCACGUCACUUUCAGUGUUCUAGUUUAAAAACUUUCUCUCUGUAUGCUAGAAAUUGAGUGUGAGUUUACAGGAUACGGAUGUGUUAUUUUAAUCAAAUGAAACUGACCG